AUGGUGAGUAUCUGGUACCUCUUGUCCUUCCUGAUCGCUGUCCGCCAGAUCAACCAGAAUCCCCUGAUCUUGCCCAACAUCACUCUGGGCUACAACGUCCACGACAGCAAUUUCAAUGCAGAAAUGAAUGCUGAAGUCUUGCUGGACCUGCUUUCUGCUGGGGAGGCAAAUGUUCCAAACUACAAAUGUGGAAGACGGAAAAACCUGCUGGCUGUCCUUGAAGGGACCGAUUAUGACCUUUCCCACCAUACUGCAACCAUGCUCAGCAUCUACAAAAUCCCACAGCUUCAUCCUUUCCUGCAAAACCCCCAGUUUCAUAACAGUUCCAUGGACGGGGUAUAUCUGGACCAGAAGCGACAGCUGGCAGCUGACUUUGACAUUGUGAACUAUCUGUGGUUUCCUAAUGGGUCCCUUGUCAGAAGUCUGCCUCCUUCGCGGUGUGUGGAAAGUUGUCGGUCUGGAUUUUUCAAGGUGGGUCAAGAAGGGAAGCCCGUCUGCUGCUACAGCUGUGUUCCCUGUGCGGAAGGGACCUUCUCCACCCAGGAAGAUGCAGAUUACUGCACCAAAUGCCCCGAAGAUCAGCAUCCAAAUAAGGAGCGAGAUAAAUGUCUCCCUAAGAAAAUAACUUUUCUCUCCUACAAAGAAGAUUUGGGAAUCAUCUUGGCUUCACUUGCACUCUUCUGGUCCUUCAUUACUGCCGUAGUGUUAGCAAUCGUUCUUAAAUACACAGACACUCCCAUUGCGAAAGCCAACAACCGGGACCUCUCCUACAUCCUCCUGGCCUCCCUCCUGCUUUCCUUCUUGACUUCCCUCCUCUUCAUUGGACAGCCAAGGAGAGCCACCUGCCUUCUCCGACAAACAGUCUUCAGCAUCACCUUCUCAGUUGCUGUCUCUUCGGUCUUGGCCAAAACGAUCACAGUGGUCCUGGCCUUCCUGGCCACAAAACCUGGAAACAGGGUGAGGAGAUGGCUGGGAAGGAGUUUGGCCAACUUCAUCAUCCUUUGUUCUUCCUGUGUCCAGGUGGUCAUCUGCAGCAUCUGGCUAGGCAUGUCUCCCCCAUUUCCUGAUUCUGAUAUGCACUCCCAGCCUGGAGAGAUUGUUCUGCAAUGCAAUGAAGGCAGCGUCAUUAUGUUUUAUGGUGCCCUCGGCUAUAUGGGCUUCUUGGCCGCCAUCUGCUUCAUGGUGGCUUUCCUGGCCAGGAACCUCCCUGGGGCCUUCAACGAAGCCAAGCUGAUCACCUUCAGCAUGCUGGUCUUCUGCAGUGUCUGGCUCUCCUUUGUGCCCGCGUACCUGAGCACCAAGGGCAAGUACAUGGUGGCUGUGCAGGUCUUCUCCAUCUUGGCUUCCAGCGCUGGCCUGCUGGUCUUCAUCUUCCUCCCGAAGUGCUACAUUAUGUUACUAAGACCAGAUCUGAAUACAAAGGAGCAGCUGAUAGUGAAAACCUAA